AUGUCUCGCUUUAUAAUAACAUUCAUUUUAUUAUUAUUAUUAAUUUCAAUUAGUAACUCUCAUUUUUUAUCUUGUUAUAAUCAUCCAAUAGUACCGAAUAUAGACAGUUAUAAAUGUGGUGGUGAAAAUGGGCAUCAAGUUUGUGGUUGUGGUGAAAAGUUUUCGGAAUGUCUUUCUACUGCACAAAAUGAACAAAGUGUUGAUUGUAAUAGAGAUGGUCAUUUAAAUAUAAAUACACGAAGUUACCCUUAUACCUUCAAUUUUAAUCGGCACUUAUUUCGGAGAAAAGCAUGUCCUUAUCCCUUCUUUAUGGAUAUGCCAUUUUCAACAAAAGCUCAAUCUGGAGGUUGUAAUAAUCAGUACGGUGGUUGGCAAGGUUGUAGCUCUGAAAUGUAUGAAGGAAGUUGUAAUGAUUGUGAAGAUUUUUGUGUUGAUGUGGCUUCUCCGGAAGGUGUUGGAGAUAUUUCUGUAUAUAAUCCUAUUACUUCUGUACCUACUAUUGUAGAUGCGGUUCCAAUGGAAAUGGAUCUAAUUGAAUUAGACUCGAUUGAUUUGGAACCAAUCGAAAUGGAACCAGUCGAAGUGGAACCAAUAGAAAUUGAUAUGGAAGAAUUUUAG